CCUGUUUCAAUGCACUUGUAACAAAAGUAAAAUUUUACUGUAUAUAGAGCAUGUUACAUAGUCCUUACUAAAAGUCAUCAUGGGUGGGUUACUGUGUUCAAACUUGUCGCUUUUACCUAAUUAGGGUAGGAAAGUAUAAGUGAGGUAAAUAAGGGUAAGGAGAGUAAGUGCCAUUGAGUCAGUCACUUAAUUACUGCUGUGAAGUUGUGUUAACACUUGAUAAAACUUAUAAGAAACAAGUCUUUAUCCUCAGGCAUGGCUUUGAAACUGUCCUUUUUGGUUUUUUUGGUUGUCAGUGUUUAAUUUCAGGUACGAUGUCAAGUUUGACAGUGAACCUCAAAGCAGCUCAACAUCAAUACUCCUUCAAGCACUCUUUAACCAUAGAAACAUCUGAAGAGUUAAGCACGAGACGCAACAGGACAAAGAUGGCGGCGCCCAGUAACGCGGAUCCUCUGGCUGAGAUAUCCGCGCCCACAAAGAUCCCCAAAACGGAGGUUCCCUCUCCGGAGUCGGAGGACCUGAGCGACGGCAACCAGUACCAUUCCAACCCGUCCACGCCGAACCGCUUCUCUCCGCUGAACGUGGGUUUGAGCGUUUCUGGGGCCGCAGGCCGAAGCGGGACGGCCUCCGGCUCCAACAGCUUCACUGCCUGCCGGGGCAUGUCGUGGACCCCGUCCGAGACGAACGCGCUGAUCGCCGUGUGGGGCAACGAGCGGCUCGCGGAGGCCAGGAUGCAGCAGCUCGAGGUGGCGGGCACCGUGUUCUCGGGCAAGGCUCCGGGGCCGGCCAUGUACGAGCGGGUGUCCAGAGCCCUGGCGGAGCUGGGCUACGAGAGAACCCCCUCGCAGUGUAGGGAGAGGAUGAAGACUCUGCGACGGUGCUACAGUCGGGUCAAGGAACAUGGCAUCGGGAAGAGGAAGAGCAGCUACUCCAUCGAGCAGCUGGAGAAGGUGUUCGGCCAGGGAGGCUGGGACUCCCAGACCUGCCAGCCCGUCCUCAUCAACAGCAGCGGCCUCUACCAGGAGAUGGAAUCUGACAGCAGCACCUUGGAGGAUUACCCCCAGGAGGACUGGUGCAGCCAGGACCUCAGCACCUUCCAGGAAGCAGAGCUAGAGCCAGAGGAAAUCCGACAUCCAAAGAACAGGGUCCUGCAGUUAAGACAGGAAUCCUCUGAAGACACCCAGAAGCAGGAGGUGAUGCAGAACGUGGUGCGCAUCCUGGAGUCGGUGCAGGUCAAGUGGGAGCACUUCCAGACGUGGACGGACUUCUCCCGGCUGCACCUCUCCAACAAGCUGGCCAUCUUCGGUGUGGGCUACAACACACGCUGGCGGGAGGAGAUCCGCUACCAUUACGCUGAGAUCAGCUCCCAGGUGCCCCUGGGUAAGCGGCUACGCGAAUACUUCAACCCGGAGAAGGCAGAGGGCCGUGUCAUCAUGACCAAGGUGCAGAAAAUGAACUGGAAGAAUGUGUACUACAAGUUCCUGGACAUCACCAUCAGCGAGGCACGCUGCCUCGAGCUGCACAUGGAGGUGGACUGGAUCCCCAUUGCGCAGUCCCGGGUCGCCGGCUGCAGCGGCAGCUCGCAGUACCUGCUGCCCGGCGGCAUCCCCAAGACGUACGGCCUUUAUGCUAUCGGGUACGAGGAGCUGAAGGCUGCACCGCCCUCAGGCCCUGGUGACCACCCAUCCUCAACAGAGCCCAGCGAGCCCGACCUGAGCUCCACCCUAGAGGAGGGGGCAGGGGGCAAGGUGACUUACUGCUACCUCGGCAUUGCAGAGGACAGGACCCUGCAGCAGUGUCUCUUCCAGCACUUUCAAAGUUCAAGCAAGCACUACGGCCGCGGGGAGCCCUCGGCCAUCACUAAGUUUCUGCUGGGGAACUGUAACGUCCAGUCCAAGGAAGGUGGCUCCCCACGAGUCGCUAUUUAUAUCAAAUUCAUCGAGGUGGAGUUGGACUUCCUGUCGGCCGGGUCCCUUGUGGAAUGUCUAGAAAUCGCCAUCGGUUAUUCUUUAAAGUUCAAUAAGAAGGACACAUUAUAACACAUCGCGCUUUUAAUCUUAUAAUAACUCAAGGAAAAAAAAACACAUGACUGUUAAGGGUCGGAAGGACAGAGUUGCAUUCUUCCCUUCACAGCUACAGUGUUAUCAGGGAGUCUGUCUACAUCGCUGUCUGGGAUGGCUGGGUCCCUCUGUCGGGGAGCGGGGGAGAGGAGUUUCGGACAGGGAGAAGUCGUCAGCUGAUUGUGAAGCUGCCUUCUUUCACUUUCUUACUUCUUUUCUUCUCUCUGUUUUGGAAGUAUAACUUCAAUUCAAACCAGUGUGCCAGAUAAGGUUCCUACGUGAAAGAAAUGAACACGGGCAAUUAUUGUAUGAAUAUAUACAUAUAUACAGGAUAUAUACAUUAUAUAAUAU